UUUAGACUCGCCAGCCCAUGGAAGCAAUCACAUAAGAACUUUGUUAAUGAAAAAUAUAUUGUAAAUAAAUGUGUAUACGUUUUUACAUGGGUCACCGGUGAAUUAAAACAGAUGUCGGACACCGGGGAGCAGUGGCAAGUUGCCCGGCGACGAAAAGGUGCAGCGCGGAAAUCAAAACCACUUCAGGUGUCCUCAAACUCAAGAUGCUGCCAGGAGCCACUGGACAUCGGGAAAACUGUAACAAGAAUCAGAGACACCGUGUCUGAGCUAAGAUGCGAGGAGUUUUGGCCUCAGUGGAAACAGCAGCUUCUGGUGGCACUAGGAUCAGUCGAGCUCUCAAAACCUCAAGAGGACAGGGACCCUGAAGGCCCCACAGAAGAUGGCCAGCUGUUUCAACAUCUGGACUGUGUGUGUUAUGGCCUUGGCUCCUUUUCCUCGUGUGUCUCAGCUCGCUUCCAGCUCGCCAUGUUGCUGCUGCUACUGGACGCAGGACAGAUUCCUCUGAAGGACUGCUUUAUUUAUGACCCCGCCUUCUCAUCUGGAGAGAGGGAUGUGUUAAUGCAGCUGGGUUUGACUGUACUCACAGAAAAUGAGGAAGGAAAGCGUCUGGCGACUAAGCCCACACUCUUUUACCUAAUGCAUUGUGGGAAAGCUCUGUACAACAACCUUCUGUGGAAGAAUUGGAGUACUCAAUGUCUUCCUCGGAUGAUAAUAAUUGGAAACAGCUUCAAUGGCAUUUUGGACAGAACAAUCGAGAGAGAAUUCAAGCGGGACUACAUCUACAUUACUCAGGCUGUGUCUGUGUGUGAGGACAGACUGCUGCCUUGUCCAUCCCGUCUGAUUGACGUCUUCAGUGACACUGCAGUCAUCACCUUUCCAACCAGCAGCCUUAACCGUCUCCCACAAUCCACCUGGGCAGAGCCGCCUGAGCCACAGUACCAUCACUGUCCUGAUUUAGAGAUAAUUCAGAGGGAAACACAUGUGGGAGAAAGGGGAGGAACCAUAAACUGACUUUAUAUUGUUGCCAUUUUUUUUUUUUAAACAAGAGAGCCCUACCUCUAAUUGGAGACUCUUUCAAUAAAAUCAUAGUUUGCCUCAAGGUGUUGUUUCUUUUGU